ACCUUGUGUUUAUUUUUAGAAGGAGACCUUGUCAUAUAAAGUUGUGUCCAAAAGCACUGACGUUUAUUUACAAUCGAUCGGUGCACCUGAGUGGUAGCCGGAACAGUUAAAGACCGACAACUAUCUCCUUUCUGGAAAUGACAAAUUGGGCCUGAAAUGUCGGCAUCGGAAUCGAGUUCAGCAGUUUCCAAAUCAAAUGGGGUGCGAGAUUACAAAGUUGUCAUCUUGGGUGAUGGUGGAGUCGGAAAAAGUGCUCUGGUGAUCCAAUUUGUGUGUCACAGAUUUUUGGAAUACCAUGAUCCUACAAUAGAGGACUCGUACCAGCAGCAGGCACGAAUUGAUGGAGAACCGGCCAAGCUCGACAUCCUGGACACGGCUGGUCAGCCGGAGUUCAAUGCUAUGAGGGAACAGUAUAUGAGGAAAGGAGAGGGAUUUGUCAUCUGUUACUCAAUCACUGACCGACGUAGCUUCGAUGAGGUACUCACCUACAAGAAACUCAUCAACCGAGUACGAUGUAGAGAGGAUAUCCCUAUUGUCAUUGCCGGCAACAAGUGUGACUUGGAGGAAAAGAGAAAGGUGUCUGUUGAAGAGGGUUUAGCUUUGGCCAGGCAGCUAGAAUGUCCAUUCUUUGAGACGUCAGCGGUUCUGAGGAAAUGUGUUGAUGAUGUGUUCCACAAACUUGUACAGGAGAUCCGAAGGAAAGAACUUGACGCUUGGGAACUUGAGAACAAAUCAACGCGCAAACCAAAAGGGUUCCGACGUCUAGGCUCUGUGUUUGGUCGUCUCAAUGUGUUCAAAAAAGGGGCAAGGUCACACAACACCUGAGAUUUCAUCUAGGAUUGCCUUCAAUAUCCUCCGUCCUCAGCAGAAUGCUUGGGUUUCACAUAAAGAGUGCUUUAACAGUGUGUCACAUCAGUGUACAACUGGUGAUCAGAUUGGGUAUUGCUUUGAUAAUGUUGACUGGUGUAGUUGUGUCUGUUUUCCGAGUAGAAUUUAGGUUCUUUAUUCUGCGAGUGAGAUGUUGUGUGAAGUUCUAGUCAGGUCCGGUGCAGGUCCUAGUGUUACUGGGGUACAAAAUUCUAUAACUUAAGAAAAUGCCUUAGGAUUUUACAGUAGAAAACAUUUGAGAAAUUCAAGGAUAUGAUAUAUCAUUACUUCUUUAACUCUCAUAAUGCUCUCCAAAUUUUGCAAAAUAAAAGGAAUUUACCUAAAUUGAGAAAGUUUGUGAAAAAGUGGAAGGUUUCAUGUGAGUUUUGAUUAGUGGUAUGUUAAGCGUCCAUGUUUGUGUAAAAAACACAUGAUUACUUAUAUCAGAGUAUGUGUGCCAUUCACAUGACUGAUCAUGUCGGUUUUGAUGUCUGUUAUAUAAAAAUUUACAAAUGAAUUGUUUAUGAUAAAACGAACAAAAUGUUAUUGACAAAUGUUAAAAAGGUAUUAUAGUUUUUAAGACUUUUUCACUGCAAUUUUAAUUUGUAUCAUUUUAUGUUGGUAUACCUAUUUACGCAGAUUUAUGUAAGAAAAUGGUUACAUGUGAAAUGAUGAGGGCUCGGAGACAGCAUUCAUGACAUAUUGCAAAAUAUUCAUGUUAUUGAUGAUUAAGUCAUACAUUGUUAUUCACAAUAUGAAUAUAUGACUGACAAUGAUUGCCAAAAAAAUUUUGUGUCCAAUGCUAUAUUUUCAAAAGCCAGAGUCUCCUUGCCUUACUGAUGUACAGAGUAGCCGUACUAUGCAACAAAAAUAUUUUUCUGAAUGUUUUUUGUUUGUUAAUGAAUAUGGUAAAUGUGUUAAUUACUCUGGAUCUUGUAAAAUUGACCUCUACUGAUAAUGACCUGGUAAUCUUUAGUUUGGAAUAUGUUCUAUCUUCUUCCCCAAGAAAAACAAAAUUUUAAUAACUAUGAUUUUAGAAGAUACAUUAUAAGUAGUAUAAGAGUGGGGGUGUAACUCGGCCUGUACAUCAGUUUUUGUUGGUAUGUGGUUCCCGUGAGUCCCUACCCGUCCCAGUAUCAUGUGACUGUUUCCCUGGGAUACUGUCCCACCUAUGACCUUAUAAGUCCUCACUGUACUAAGUCCCCCUGGUACAUCUUGUUAUUCCUCAGUAUGUACCUACCCUUCAUACUUAACUUCCUUCUGUGAUAUUCCCGCCAACGAAAGGUACAAGUCUACCUUUAUAUUUUUAUUUUCGACUGGUCAAAUGCAUGGAGUGAUGAUAAAGAUCAUCAUAGUCAUCCAUGUCAACAUACAUUUAUAUAGUAUAGUCUGUAUACUGGUAGUUUUACUCAAAGGAGUGGAAGGUGUUCCGUACGGUAGAGGAGGGGCACAAGGGGCAUGAGCCCGAUAUGGGGGUGGAAGAUAAGGAGUGGUGGAAGGACCUUUCGGUGGUGGCAUUAGCUGGGAUUCUGGUGGACUAGUAGUAGGUACAGACCGGAACUGUGGGAUUCUAAUGUUAAGAAAGACUAUAAACAGAAUAUGUCACAGUUAAUACACCUGGAAGGCACCCUCCAUCUUACCUGUUUAGAUUCUAAUGUUAAGAAAGACAAUAAACAGAACAUGUCACAGUUAAUAUACCUGGAAGGGACCCUCCAUCUUACCUGUAAUACAGUUAUAAAAUAGGCCCCCUCCAAUUGACGGGAACAUGCAUUAUAUCCAGUGACAGCCAUGUCUAGAGUGACAGGAAUCUUGGUAUGGGAUCGAUUGGGACAGGUGCAGGACGGACGCAUGGGGAAUGGCUGUCACGUGGUACUGGCUGGGGAUGGAUGGGGAUGAGUGUCGCUUGGUACUAUGUGGGGAAGCAUGGUGAUGGCUAUCACGUGUUACUGGGCUGGGAAACAUGGGGAUGGGUGUACCUGGUACUGGGGAUGGCAGUCGCAUGGUACUGGCUGGGGAUGGAUGGGGAUGAGUGUCGCUUGGUACUAUGUGGGGACACGUGGGGGAUGGCUGUCACGUGUUACUGGCUGGGGAUGGAUGGGGAUGAGUGUCACCUGGUACUAAGUGGGGACACGUAGGGAUGGCUGUUACAUGUUACUGACUGGGGAUGGAUGGGGAUGAGUGUCACCUGGUACUAAGUGGGGACAUGUGGGGAUGGUUCCACAUACUGGCAUACCUACAUAAACUAAUGUACUACAUGUUGAACGUUCUACUGUUACAAAUGGGUUUUUUUUAUAUAUAUAUAUAUCAGUUUGAAUUAUUUUAGUUAAAGUCAAUCAAGACAGAACCUAGCCUUUCCUGGUAGAUUUUAAUCGACUAUACACUUCAUCAAUAACUUCCAAGAAGUUGUAUUUUUGUUUCAGGUAUCCCUGUAAGAUUUUCAGAUAGUGUGUAAUAGAUUCGACACUGAACUUCCUGGCCAAGUUAACAUUGUACGUCAACAGCUUUCUUAUCAUUCCUUUACUAUUCUAAUGUUUUGUGUUUCAUGUAAAAGUGUGUUUGUGUGUAGAAAGUCACUUAUAUAUUUGUGGUAUUACAGUAUAAAUGUCACUUUCUUUGGUGUAAAUGUUUCAAUCGAAUAUAAACUCCACUCAAUUUUCAACAUCUCGCUCUCAAGCUUACUUUAAUCAAAUCAUAAUGUUAAAAGAGACUUGAGUCGAGGUUGAUAUGAUCAGUAACAAUGGAGUAAGAUUGUGGACAUAGUGCUUCAGUAUACACAGCAGUGCUAGCUGAAUCCAAAUAGUUAGAUUAAACUGUAAAAUAUCAAGAUGUUAUAGCUUUAUAAUAAGUAGCUUUAUAACCCAUUAGAUAAUCCUAAGAAAAUCCUCUGAAAUAGAGUCUGAAUGGUUAGAUUUAAAUUUUAAUGUUGAUGUUGGUGUUGACAGGGUGAAUUAUGAUGUUUCUAAGUUAAUUAGAAGAGUUUUAUAUAUUCUGGUUUAGACUUAAUUUCUGUUGUCGGUCAAAACUGCCUUUUCCAGAUUUGACAAAGAAUUGUAAAUUGUUUCCAUGUUAACAUUAUUUCAUUUAUCCCUUUGUGGUGGAAAUCACACUGAAAGUCAUAUACAUACAAAAUAAAUGUAUGUAGAGUUAUGGAAAUACAAAGCACAGUAUAUAUAAUCAAUUAUUAGUAGAAUCUAUCUACAUAGAUAGAUAAAAGGUGGUAAGAAACAUAUAUUGAAUUCUAAAUAUUAAAUUCUAAUUAUAAUCUAGUAUAUUUAUCAUUGAUCAAAGGGAGAUAACUAAAGCAGAAAUUUUGUGAACAUUGUCAACGUCUUUUUCUGUAUGUUAGACUGGAAAUUUAUUUUACAUUGAGUUACCCACGUUGGAACAGAGAGCUUUAUUAGAUGACGAUAGAUUGCCAUUGCUUUUGAAUAAUUGGUAUUAUGUACCAAAGGAUAAUAAGGAUAAUCAUAUAUUAUAAACUUCUGAUAUUAUUACCGGUAGGUCUAUUCCUGUAACAUGUACCACUCCACAGGCCUCCAGAGUAAUCCAUGCUAGGGUUUCUUGCCAAAUACUUCUUUACUAAUUAUUGAUAAAAUUCUAUGGUUAAUAUCUCAAAACAAAUCCUUGGUCAAGGUACAUGUUACUUAGUUUUUCCUUAGCUUCUUAAACUGAUCCUGUUCACCGGACUUCAAAAUCGAAUUUUCGAAGAUACUGGACUCUCAGUGCUCCAAUGUAUAUGGAGAAACAGCUAUUUCACAUGAGAUUUAGAAAACCCAGUAAUGUACAUUUAGAAAUGUAUGUUUUGGGCCCAAUUACUUUUACCAAACUAUUUAAUUUUUGAUUCCAUGCCUUUAAAGUUUUAAAGUUGUUUUUCCCUUUAUGGAUUGUUUUUUUUGGUUUGUUACAAAGUAUUUAUUUUACCGGUUUUUAACUUUCAAGAUAUUAAAAGGAAGGUUUGUUGUCAAACUCGUUGGUAGUUUUAAGAUCAAUGAAUUUUACUGUGUAUUUCUACUGCGAGUUUUUAUUUCAAGAUUUUAGUAUAUUCUUAUUGUAAAUAUUUUUUGCACUACUGCUUUAGGCUUAAUCAAGUUAUUUUAUUCAGUGUGGAUAUCCAGAUUGUAUAAACACAUUUGAAUACAUUUUCACCAAAUUGUAGUAUUUUUCAUAUGCUGGAAACUGACAAGUAUAAAAUAUAUCUAAUAUUUGUAUUGUUAGACUUUUCUCAGCAGUGACGAAAUCAGUAUAUUGUGUACAUGUAUAAAUGUAUAUAAUACUUGUAUCGCAUAAAUGAGUGAAAAACUAUUUCACACUUCAAAAUACAAGGGUUCUGCAUAUUUUCCUUGCACCCAUAGAAAAACAUGGGCCGUAUUGAAAAGAUCAGUUAAUUAUUUUGUGGUUUCCAGAUUUAAAACUGACCAAUCACUAGGCAGAAAACCUGUCAUGUGAUGAUUUUAUAGAAGCUCUACUGGUCAGUUGUAUCAGCUGCCUGUUAUUUCCUGUAUUUACGGUGGAUUGUGAUGAUGGAACAGAACACACCGACCCUUCCAGAUCUGGUCAGAAAUAUAGGAUUACAGGCUAUCAAAUUUGUAUUAUAUAUGAAAGAGGGUCCAGAGCCUUUGAUUUCGUCGCCACAUAUUUCAUGGGUGUAGAAAAGAUUGUUUUAAUAGUAGGACCACUGGAUAUUGAAGAUAAACUUUCAACUGUUCGCAGUAUUAGGGCCCUUUAGGCUUAAUUGAGAACAAUCUUCAUGGUGAGAAUAGUGAAAACUGAUAGAACUUUCCCUAUUCCUUUGCUUCAGUGCUUUUGAUAUUUUGUUUUGCUUGACUGUUGAACUUGUUAUCUGGUCAUUAUACCAGGAUAUUUAUGUAGAAUUUGGAUUCUGAGUAUACUAUUAUUAUUUUCUUUCAAGUUUACUGUGCAAUAAUCCAUUUCUAUCAUUCAUUUAUUUAUAGGUUACAUUAAGUUAUUAUGAAAUAAAAUUGAGAAAAUCUUA